AUGUACGCAGCAAUACUCAAGAGCAACAACUUCAUGAUCCCAAUCAAGCAUGUAUCAACGACAAAGGAUGGUGUAUCACUUGUAUUCAACGAUGCUGACCUAUUCCAUCAUCUUGGUUUCAAUCAGGACUCUGUCAAUCCAUUUGUUGGUGGGGCGUUGACUAGUGCCAAUGUCAUUGAUCUUCAGAUAGAGAACAUCUUGUACAUUCACUCUGACUUGUGUAGCAAUGGAUCUGAUGAUGUUCUACAAGAAGUAUGUACUGCAGGUGUACCUGACUUUGCGUAUGUCAAUUGGACUAAUCUCAACCUGGAGGCAUACUCCAAACAGCUAGUGUCAAAGACCAAGAAGACGUUCUAUAUAUAUCUGAGUAACCGCUCGAGACCAAGAGUUGAGGAGGCCGUCCGUAUGUCAUAA